AUGGGCACUCGUAACCUCACUCUCGUCUACUACAAAGGUCAAUACCGCAUUAUUCAAUACGAUGCCCUAGACAGCAAGGACAAUCGUAUCACCCUGAUCAACGAUGAAGAGCGAACAGCCUAUUUUGAAGAACUCCAUCGCCAGCAAAUCGAACAACACAGUUUCAUGCCUUUGCCCGGCAUCCCAUCCCUCUCUCGCGACACCGGCGCUAAUAUUCUGGACAUCGUGGCCGCAGCUACGAAAGAAGAGCCGGUCAAGAUUCAUCUCUGGGACAUGGAAUUUCUCACCGAUACCAUCUCUAUGGAAUGGGCUUGGGUGGUUGACCUGGACAAGAAGGUGCUUGAGGCAUAUACUCAUUGGGAAAGAUACGAGGUUGUGCAUGAGAAGUCUAGAUUUGCAGAGGUGCUUGGAAGUGAGAAGGAUCUGCCUGGCUUGAUCAAAAGAUUUGGGUUUGAUGAGUUGCCUAAGGAUGAUAGGGGGUUCUUUGGAGCCUUUGAGACUUUGCUCGCGGAUGGGCCGGACUAA